AGCUCAACUAAAUGUAACCAAUACAGUAUAACCUAGUCCUUUGGAUUUUGUUAACUUGAGUUUGGUGAAUUCGUGCUCCUACUAAUUCGCAAGCAUGCAGCAACCGUAUCGCAAUGGAUCAAAGCCGCGGCUCGAGCGGCAAUCUUCGACCACGUCUUCGCGCAUGAGGCGCUUGGAAAACUGGAUCGAAUGUCGUUUCGUGCUCACAGCUUUGUUUUUCCUUGGAAUGAUGAACAUGUACAUGAUGCGCGCCAACCUUAGCGUUGCCAUGGUAGCGAUGGUAGACUCAAAGCAGCUUGCACGAAACAAGAACCAAUCGUUGGUCGCAUGCAAUGCAGAUGAGCUGAAAAUUGUAGCCGACAACUUUCCAAAUGUCACCCAGCCACCCGUAGAACAAACGGAAGACGAACUCCACUACCAAAACAGCGAGACCUUUGAAUGGGACAGCCCAACCCGUGGUUGGAUUCUGGGAGCUUUUUACUAUGGCUACAUGACCACACAAAUCAUAGGCGGCUUCCUGGAGCAUAAGUUCGGUGGAAAGAUCGUCUUCGGUGGAGCGGUGUUUAUGUCCUCGCUCCUGUCAAUGCUAACACCUACCAUGGCGAGAAUGGGGCCUUGGUAUUUGAUGGCGACUCGGGUUUUGCUGGGAGUUUCGCAAGGUCCAAUGUAUCCUGUACAUCACGGGAUGUGGGGGAAGUGGGCUCCACCCAUGGCGAGAUCAAAGCUUAUUUCGAUUACAAUGACUGGCACAAACAUCGGAACAGCUCUUUCCUAUAACUUAUCUGGAUACCUAGCGCGUCAUGGAUUUGCUGGCGGCUGGCCCUCAGUGUUUUACGUUAUGGGUAUCAUCGGUUUUUGUUGGGUGAUUUUGUGGGCAAUCUUCGCUUACGAUUCUCCAGCUAAGCACCCUCGUAUAUCGGAGAGAGAAAGAAGAUACAUUGAACAAUCCAUUGGGACUCAUUAUAAGCAGGAUGAAGAUAUGCCUAAAAUACCAUGGAGAGGAAUAUUUACGUCACCAAUAUUUUGGGGUCUCUUUAUCGGCCAUUUUUGUUCCAACUACGGGCACUACAACCUGCUCACGAACUUACCUUCGUACAUUGAUCAAGUGUUUGGACUCAGUAUAAAAGAUAACAGCGCAUUGGCAGCUAUCCCAUUUAUCUCUUUGUGGUUUUUCACAACAUUAGCUGGGUGGAUAGCAGACUCUAUCAGAGAAACGAAACGAUUAUCGACACUGAAUGUUCGAAGGAUCCUUAUCGUAAUCGCCCAAUUCGUCCCUGCCAUAUUCCUCGUAUCUGCUGGUUACCUUGGUUGCAACCCAGCAGCUGCUAUAUUGGUGGUUACACUGGCGGCAGGAUUUGGAGGUUUCGCUACACCUGGGUUCAAAGUUUGCCAUGUUGAAAUUGCACCACGUUACUCAGGAAUUCUUUAUUCUCUCACCAACACAUUUGCCACUAUCUCAGGCCAAGUGGUUGGACCUAUUGCAGGAUAUGUUACUGGAAACGUGGCCGAUGUACGUGAAGCAUGGAGAAUUGUCUACUAUGUUGGUGCAGCAGUGUCAGCACUCGGUGGCUUCGUUGUGUUGGCAACUCUUAAAACUGACGUGCAAUCCUGGGCUCGAAUCGAUGAGGACUUUUAUGAGUUGGAGGACGAAAAGAAGAAGAAGAGCGAAGCAUUUAUCGUCAAGGACGAUUUUACAGAAGAUGCCGCUUGAGAGAUUUUCUUUUGAUGCUCAGAGAUUAUACAGCCGAGCAAGUUUAAUUAUUCAGAUUAUACAUUAAUCAAGUGUCAUCAAGGUGUACCCCACAGUUAGUUACAGGAGAUAAGGUGCUUUGUUAUGUGAGAGAGCAGCAACUCGUGUUCUGCAUACGAAUACUAUACGCAGCUUAACUGUAACAAAUAUUAGGAAUCAAGACAUGAUUAUUUGCACAUAUUUCGUUAAUGGUAAAAUGGCGAAUAUAUAGUAGGGUGGGGGAAGAUAGGACACAUUUUCAUUCUAUUUUUUCGUCCCAUUUAGUAGUAAACAAAAUGCAUUCAAAGAAUUAUAAAACCGUAUCCUUCCGAUUUUCAUAUACCGUUGGUAAUUGUUUAAAACACUAUCAGUUUUUUUGGAAAUUAUGUGCUAAAUGUGUCCCAUCUUACCCCACAGUACUGUUCCAGUUUUCUGACCAAUUGUAAAAGGUGCUCAUUAUAAAACUUUGUACUGUGUUGUUUUAUUUAGUGAUAUCGUCAUACAUGGUCAAAAUAAAGUGAGCUUAAAC